UCACCUUUAAAGAAACUUGGAAACUUCGCCCCCAUUUCCAUUCCCACAAACACACAGUGAUUAGUGAAGAACUGAUCAACUGAAUAUCACCAAGAAGUCAAGAACUGAUUAACUGAAUAUCACCAAAAACCCAGGUAGCCAGAGAUGGCGAAACAAGAAGAAGUUAUUCUCCUAGAUUUCUGGGCAAGCAUGUAUGGGAUGAAGGUCAGGAUAGCACUUGCUGAAAAGGGCGUUUCAUACGAAUACAGAGAAGAAGAUUUGACAGACAAGAGUCAGCUUCUGUUGGAGAUGAACCCGAUUCACAAGAAAAUUCCGGUCCUAAUUCACAACGGCAAACCGAUCUGCGAGUCAAACAUCAUCUUUGAGUAUAUUGAUGAAGUCUGGAAAGAUAAAGCUCCAUUGCUUCCUUCUGAUACUUACGGCAGAGCUCGGGCGAGGUUUUUGGUCGACUUUAUUGAGAAGGUAUACCACAAUGGGAGGAUUUUGGUGUACAAAGCAAAAGGGGAAGAACAUGAGACAGCUAGGAAAGAGUUCAUAGAUACCCUUAAACUGAUUGAAGGAGAGCUUGGAGACAAACCUUAUUUUGGAGGUGAGAGUUUCGGCUACGUUGAUGCGUCUUUGAUCCCAUUUUAUGCAUGGCUUCAAGCCUAUGAAACGUUUGGGGAAUUGAACGUAGAACAAGACUGCCCAAAAUUGAUUGGUUGGGCUAAAAGGUGCUUUCAGAACAAGGAGAGCGUGUCUAAUGUUCUUCCUGAGUCGCUAAAGAUAGUUGCCUUCGUUCAACAGGUAAGGAACAUUUUUGGAGUCGGUGAGUAGAACUUUGAGUUUGAGGUAUCAAAGCCGAUUUGUUGUUUGUGUUAUUGCUUAUUUCGCUUUCUUAACAAAAAAUAAAUAAACAAAAAAAAUACUUAGAUGUGUUUGUCUUUUAUUAAUAAACUUGUAUCAUCCCUAAUAAAUAAUGAUUUUUUUUUUUUUUGCUAUUUGUUAUAUUCAAAUUCUUACAUAUCAUUUUAUUAAAUUUCAAAUAAUAUUUUAAUGUAAUAAUGCAAUAAAUAUAGUAAUGAAUUGAUAUCAAUUUCAUUAAUAAACUUGCAUUUUAAUUUUAAAAUUUUUAAAAUUAAAGUUCAUUAGUUUCUUUUAUUUAUUUAAAUUUAAAAGAUAAAAAAUAUUUUCAUUAUAAUAAUUCAUUAUUUUUCUUAUUUUCUUAUAAAUUUAAAAAAUUUCCAAAAUUAAAGCUAAUUAGUUUUUUUUUCUUUAUUUAGUCUUGAAAAUUUCAAAUGCAUGAGGUUGAAGGGAAAAUAUUUGUUUUAUAAGAUAUAUAGAUUUUGUUUAAAUUUAUAAGAUAAAAAACAUUUCUAUUAUAAUAAAUCAUUAUUUUUCUUAUUUUCUUAUAAAUUCAAAAUUCUCAAAUAUUUUGACAUUUAUAUUUAACUUUUUUUUUAAAUUAGCCCAUGUAAUACAUGAGUUUCACAAAUAGUUAUUGAAUAUUGAUUAUAAAAUGGAAAGACUUAUUGGUGUAUCUACUAUCUAGUACUCCUUAGUCAGAAUUUGCCAUGUUAAUAGGUAGGUAUUUUUUUACUUUUUUUUUAUGAAAACCGCAAACGAAUUAAGUGGAAGUCUACUCAUAAUAUUUCAAUUAAGUGGAAGUCUACUCGCAAUAUUUCAACGAGUACCUCGCGUUCGAGCUUCUUUACAGGACAUUGGGAUUUCCAGGAAAAAAAUUCCCACAUGUAGCACCACAAGAGGUAGUUUAAGGGAAUUGAACUCUCAACAUCAUGCUCCAAAUGAAUAUAAAACCUGAUGCAUCAGAUGACAUCACUUGCAUUUGGCACGUAUUAAUUAGCAAUAUCUAGUACCUCGUAGCAAGAAUUGGUACCCCAAAAUAUAAUUAUUGCUUUUACCACAAAUUGCAUCCAAGUCGACAACUUUGAUGAGAAAGAAAAAUUUUUAAGUCAAAUUUUCAGUUUUAAUCAUUUUUAUUGUUAAAUUAUUAUAUUUUAGACAAAAUUGUAAAAAUGGUCCUUAUGGUAUAUACUUUUUUCGAGGUUUAGUUAAAACCUCCAUUUUUUUUGGCUUCGCCCUCUUUUUGGGCUAGUUUUGUUGUAGAUUUGGUACCUCAGUAAACUGAAAUUACUGUAAUACCCUUGGGAUAUUUAUUUUGUAUUAUGCUUUCAUUUUUUUUAAAUCUAAAACUUAUUUUUAUUUAUUUUAAUAAUUAAAAAAUAAAAAAUAUCUCUCUCUCUCUCUCUCAUCAGUCAUCUCGUGUUCACCUCCUCUAAUCUAUAUCCAACAUCAUCUUCUCUAAUCUAUAACCAAAACCACCUCCGCUCAUCUAUAACAACCAAAGACCUCUACUCUGACAAAUUUCUUUAGAUGUGUACAUGUUUAAAUAUAAAGAAUGGUGUCGGAAGUAGGAGGCGAAAUAGAUGACCCAACACAUUUUUGGGAUCUGCUAAUAUACGAUCUACCUGUUGGUGCCCCAAAUUUAGUAUAUGUUCUUCUCACAGCCACGUUUCGCCUCUCCUCUAGCUUUUGCCUAAAGUGUAUCGGGUUUGAUAAGAGUUCGAUUCAUUUAUUGGCUCAACAUGAUAGUAAAGAUUUCACUGGUACAAGUAACCAGAGAUGUUUUUUUGCACCACACAACUUUGGAUUGGUUGCAACCAUUUCCCAUUUUUGGUUGUUGAAUAUCAGGAGAUAUUGACUUCACCAAAACCAUCGGGGAAGUUCUGGUAAACUGAGCUUCGAGAUCUGGUCUCAUUUAACCAUUCUGAUAUUAAUUUUGAAGUGAAAUCGGGUGAUAGAAUUGGGCAGAUGACUAUUUAGAAGAUAAUCACACCUGAAGUCGUUGAGAUCGAUGAUAUUGAUUCAACUGUACGAGGUGCGGGUGGGGUUGGAUCAACAGGCGUUUGAUUUCUUAUUUUUGACAUUAAUCGAAGCCACCAACACAUUCUAGUUCUUCUUCCUCGGAGGUCGUAUAAUUUUCUUUUUGUGUUAUCAGAAAGACCAUUCCAUGAUUCUGAAACAAAUUUAAAAGCUUCAUCUGCUCCCAUGGUUUUGUUCAUAUCAGGUUGAAGAACUACAACCAUUUUGUUGUA